AUGAUAUUAAGGGGGCUCCUGGUAUUGCUGGUUCUCAAAGCUUUGAGUGCAUAUGUGGUAGCAGAAAGAGAAACGUAUGUGGUACACAUGGACAAGACCAAGAUCAAAGCUUUAGAUGCCUCUCUUGGCACUUCCAAAAGAUGGUACAAAGCUAUCAUCGAAUCUCUCACUGAAUCAUCAGCUCAUGACGAAGUAGAGCAAGGCCCACAAACAUCGUCUCCUGAACUACUUUACGUGUAUGAAACUGUCUUUUCUGGUUUUGCUGCCAAGCUCUCAAAGCAACAACUUGAAUCCUUGAGGAAAAUGGAUGGCUUUCUCUCUGCCACCUCGGAUGAAAUGCUAGAGCUUCAUACAACACAUUCGCCUCAGUUUCUUGGCCUUAAACAGGGUAGUGGCCUCUGGAAUGCUCAAAAUUUAGCUUCUGAUAUAAUAAUUGGCGUUGUUGACACGGGAAUAUGGCCUGAGCACAUUAGUUUUCGUAGCUCGGGCAUGUCGCCUGUUCCCCCUCGUUGGAAAGGAAAAUGUCAGGCAGGCACAAAAUUUAGAGCUUCAAACUGUAACAGAAAGCUUAUAGGUGCAAGAGCAUUUUUCAAAGGGUAUGAGGCCAUUGCUGGAACAAUUAAUGAAACAUUAGAUUACAGAUCACCUCGUGACUCAGAUGGGCAUGGAACACAUACGUCUUCGACUGCAGGAGGUAAUCUUGUCAAGGGUGCAAACACUUUAGGGUUGGCCAAAGGCUCAGCUGCAGGCAUGAGGUACACAGCAAGAAUUGCAGCUUAUAAAGCUUGCUAUCUAUUAGGAUGCGCCAGCUCGGAUUUAUUAGCUUCCAUCGAACAAGCAGUCGAGGAUGGGGUGGACGUGCUGUCACUUUCUCUGGGAGGCGCCUCAAAACCAUAUUACAAGGAUAAUAUAGCCAUUGCUUCAUUUGGUGCAAUACAAAAUGGAGUUUUUGUUUCAUGCUCAGCAGGCAAUUCAGGGCCUUCUGAUUCCACGGUUGCCAAUGUGGCGCCAUGGAUUAUGACGGUUGCUGCUAGUUAUCUUGACCGUAGUUUUCCAACUCAAGUUAAACUUGGUAAUGGACAAGUUUUCACAGGGGCAUCAUUGUAUUCUGGCAAGGCUACCAAGCAAUUGCCUUUGGUGUAUGGAGAAACCGCCGGUGGUGGAGUUGCCAAGUUUUGCAUCAGCGGCUCACUCUCUCGAAGAUUUGUUCAAGGUAAAAUCGUUAUUUGUGAUCAAGGAAUCAAUGGCAGAUUCCAAAAGGGAGAGACAGUGAAAAUGGCAGGUGGAGCUGGCAAGAUAUUGGCAAACACUGACGAUCAAGGAGAUGAACUUAUUGCUGAUCCAUACAUCUUGCCAGCCACAUCCCUUGGUGCUUUAGCAGCCAAUGCCAGCAAAAACUACGCGAGCUUCAGAAACAAUGCGACAGCUUCAAUUGAGUUUAUAGGGACGGCAUAUGGAAAUCCUGCGCCGGUUAUGGCUGCAUUUUCGUCCCGGGGUCCAAGUGUAGUUGAACCUAGCAUAAUCAAGCCAGACAUAACUGCACCAGGAGUGAACAUUUUAGCCGCAUGGCCACCAAAUAUUAGUCCAACACAGCUCAAAAGUGACAAAAGAAGAGUCCAAUUUAACAUAAUUUCUGGCACUUCUAUGUCUUGUCCCCAUGUUAGUGGCCUAGCUGCACUAUUGAAGUCUGUUCACAAGGAUUGGUCACCGGCAGCCAUAAAAUCAGCCUUAAUGACUACUGCUUAUGUUCAUGACUCCGAAAAUGCUCCAAUAUCAGAUGCUGCUUCUGUAAACUCAACAUCAGCUACCCCUUUUGCAUUUGGUUCCGGCCAUGUUGAUCCAGAGACUGCUUCUGAUCCCGGCCUAAUCUAUGACAUUUCGACAGAUGGUUACCUAAAUUAUUUGUGUAGCCUAAACUACAAUUCAACACAAAUAGCCCUAUUUGCCGGGGAGAAUUUCACUUGUCCAGACUCUGCUGAUCUUCAACCUGGUGACUUAAACUACCCGUCAUUUGCAGUCGUUUUCAAAACGAAUGCUCAAAAUGUUACAGCAGCAUACAAGAGAACAGUCACAAAUGUUGGGACUCCUGCAAGUACUUAUGUUGUACAUGUAACAGAGCCUAAAGGGGUGAACAUCAUUGUUGAGCCAGAAGUCAUGAAGUUUCAGGAAAUCGGCGAAAAGUUGAGCUACAAAGUGAGUUUGAUUUCAACAGGCAGAAGUGCUGUUUCAUCUAAUUUCUCAUUUGGCUCUUUAGUAUGGAUUUCCCAAAAAUAUUCAGUUAGGAGUCCUAUUGCAGUCACCUGGCAAUAG